CCGAACUGACAGCUGGCGGAUGAGCCGCUCCGCUCCUGCUCCUGCGACCAGCUUCUCGUUCCACACACGCAGAAUAUUAAUCACCAAUAACGGAUGUUUCCAUUCCAGCAUUCACGAUUUGAUCUGGACUGAAUGAUCUCUGUGUGUGUGGUGUUUUCUUCUUCUUCUUCUUCUUCUUCUUUUAUCCACGCGUCGGAGAACAUUCCCAGGAGCGCACAUGUGAAUUUAAUUACCUGCUGCUUUCUUUCUUUUCCUACUUUUCUCAUGCAUGCAUGCAUGUUGGUGUUUAGCUGCUGUUUCGGGUUCAGCUCGUCCGCCGCUGUGUGUGCCGUGAUUCCUGUAAGCGUCUAUAAGUGACUCGAGUUUGAACUGAGAAUCCGUGAAACUUUUUUUGCGCAAGAGCAGGCUUUGAUCUCCGUGAUUUGCCCGCACGGAGCUCGAGCACACUUCGAUCAUGUCACCGUUGCGCGUGAACUUCAAACGUCUUAACAAAUAAUCAAAGCGAAACAAAUAGGAACAAUAACAAAAAGAAAGAUACAUUGUAUCUUGUGUUUGGUUUUAAAGUUGUGGAUUUAAAUCCCAGAGGGACGGAUUGUUCUCUCCGUGCGUAAAGGAGUUUCACCCAGACGGAGACGCGCAUCUGAUCUUUUUUAACACCACCCCUGCUCUACUGGAUAGCAUGGCAAUGGUAGUAAACCAGUGGCAGGAGAGCAUCGCAGCCGAUCCCGGCUCUCAGCUGCAGCUGUGCGGCCAGGAGCCCGGGGGCGCACCGGCAACCCCGUCCGGGUCCACGCCGGGGAACGACGCGCUCGGCGCGGACAAGCUGGCCAGCGUGGACUGCAUGGUGUGCGGGGACAAGUCAAGCGGCAAGCACUACGGCCAGUUCACCUGCGAGGGCUGCAAGAGCUUCUUCAAGCGCUCCGUGCGCCGCAACCUGACCUACAGCUGCCGGGGGAACCGAGACUGUCCCGUGGAUCAGCACCACCGCAACCAGUGCCAGUACUGCCGCCUGAAGAAAUGCCUCAAGGUCGGCAUGAGGAGAGAGGCCGUCCAGCGAGGACGCAUGUCCAGCUCUCAGACCAGUCCAGGCCAGUACCUGCCCAAUGGCAACGACCCCUACAAUGGGCAACCAUAUCUAUCGGGCUUCAUCUCUCUACUUCUACGGGCGGAGCCAUACCCAACGUCGCGCUACGGUGCCCAGUGCAUGCAGUCAAACAACCUGAUGGGCAUCGAGAACAUUUGCGAGCUGGCAGCGCGUCUUCUCUUCAGUGCUGUAGAAUGGGCCAAGAACAUCCCAUUCUUUCCAGACCUACAGCUCAUGGACCAGGUGGCGCUGUUGCGCAUGUCAUGGAGUGAGCUGUUUGUGCUGAAUGCAGCACAGUGUUCCAUGCCCCUGCAUGUUGCGCCACUUCUGGCUGCCGCCGGUCUCCACGCCUCCCCGAUGUCAGCCGAGCGCGUGGUGGCCUUCAUGGACCAUAUCCGUGUGUUCCAGGAGCAGGUGGAGAAGCUGAAGGCUCUGCAGGUCGACACAGCCGAGUAUUCCUGCCUGAAAUCCAUUGUGCUCUUCACUUCAGAUGCCAUGGGCUUGUCAGAUGUGGCCCAUGUGGAAAGCAUCCAGGAAAAGUCUCAGUGCGCCCUGGAGGAGUAUGUAAGGAACCAGUACCCCAAUCAGCCCAACCGUUUCGGACGGCUCUUGUUGCGCCUUCCGUCGCUGCGCAUCGUCUCGUCGCCAGUGAUCGAGCAGCUCUUCUUCGUGCGCCUGGUGGGCAAGACGCCCAUCGAAACACUACUCAGGGACAUGCUGCUGUCCGGCUCCAGUUACAACUGGCCCUACAUGCCUGUGCAGAGAGACCGACCCCUCUCGCUCCACUACAAUGAGAACGGGCCUUGACACCAUCCACAGACGCUAAAGCCACCUCAUGUAGAACCCAUCAGCACCUAAUUCGCCAGUCUGUUGUCGGGAAUGGAACUCUUGCGAUAUUCUCGUGCCAUGAAUUCUUCCGCAGUCGCUCCGGCGUGUUUACGGACAUCACGACCGAGUACUUGACUGCAUCACGUCAACUCAAAAGGGCAAAGUCCAUUCCAGUCCACUGAUUUUCAAACAAGCCAGAAGCCAUUAAAGCUGAUACCAAAGUGGGUGUCUUUUUUUGUUUUGUUUUGUUUUUGUUUUGGAACUUUGAGAAAUAAAAUUAUAGUCCGGACUUUACCAGGGCUUUAAGAGAAACUCUGUAUGUCCGAGUGGAAAAAUUGUUGGAAAAAAAAAGAGGCCAGUAAGACUGAAUAUGCUAAUGCCACUGCCAAAACACGAACGGCAAAUGGUGAACUGUAUGAGUUGGUGAAAAAAAACAAAAAAAACUUUAUUGUGGUUCGUCUCAAUGUCAAUUUGAGUAUCUGAAGGAGUUUCGAAGAUGUGAAAGAGGCACUUCAUAUAUGAAACCAGCCGGGCACCCUUCCUUUUUUCUCUACGCUCUUUUCAGCUACCACCAAAAAUUCAGCACAGCUAGAUAGACUUUCUGUAGUUGCCAUGUAAGGUCAGUGUAUAGAGAUUCAUUUUCUUUCAUGGAGCAAAGAAAACACUGAAGAGUAUAUCAACAAAAAUCAGGACCUCGGCUAUGCUGCACGUCGCAGCAGAUAUCAAGUAUUUCAUGAUUCUUCUAGCAGUAUGUUUCAGUACGUCACUGUUGUAACAUGGCACUACAGCUUUCGAAGGCAACGUUCGGAUUUUGAAACCAAGCGGCCUAGGAAAGCAUGACCUGUUAUAUUAGUUCACAGAAUAUUUCUAUAAGAGUUUUCCUUUCAUGUAUUUUAGGUUUGAUGAAAAUAAAUGAGUCCUUGAAAUAAAA